AUGUUUAGUAAAUUAAAAGCGAAAGUGGAUAUUUCAUCUACAAAUUCUGAAAAUUCAUCUAAUACUUCAUUAGAUGAAAAAACUUUAGUAGUAAUUGAAAAAUCUUAUUUACCAUUUGAAAGUCCUUCAUCAGAAUCAAAAUUAUUACCUGAACCAAAAUUAACUGAUGAACAAAAAUCAAAAUAUCAAUUUGUUUUAAAAUAUUUUCAAAAUGAAGAAUUACUUAUAGCUAUUAGUGAAGAUAAUCAUAAACUUAAAGAUAAAUCAUUAUAUAAACCAUUAACAAUUGAUGAAAAGACUUGGUUAACAAGAGAAUGUUUUUUAAGAUAUCUUCGAGCUACAAAAUGGAAUCAAUCUGAUGCAAUAGAUAGAAUUGAAUUAACAUUAGCUUGGAGAAGAGAAUUUGGAAUUGAUAAAUUUUAUGAUAAAGAUAAUAUAGUUAAUGGAGAAUUAGUUAGUGAAGAAAAUGAAACUGGUAAAGAAGUAAUUUUAGGAUAUGAUAAUGAUUCAAGACCAUGUCUUUAUUUAAAACCAGGAAGACAAAAUACAAAGACAAGUCAAAGACAAGUUCAACAUUUAGUAUAUAUGUUAGAAAGAGUUAUAGAUUAUAUGCCAAGUGGACAAGAUUCUUUAGCUUUAUUAAUUGAUUUUAAAGCUCAUCCAAUAGGUACUCAAGGUGGAAAAAUUCCUCCUGUUGGAACGGGUAGACAAGUAUUACAUAUUUUACAAACUCAUUAUCCUGAACGGUUAGGAAAAGCUUUAUUAACUAAUAUACCUUGGUUAGGCUGGACAUUUCUUAAAAUUAUUCAUCCAUUUAUUGAUCCAUUAACUAGAGAAAAAUUGGUUUUUGAUCAACCAUUUAUAAAUUAUGUUCCAAAGGAACAAUUAGAUAAAGAUUUUAAUGGUAAUGUAGAUUUUGAUUAUGUUCAUGAAAAAUAUUGGAAUAAAAUGAUUGAAAUUUCUCAAGUAAAGAAGCAAAAAUAUUUUGAAAGAUUUGAGAAAUUCGGGUCAAAAAUAGGAUUGAGUGAGGUGGAUUUAAGAGGGACUCAUGAGGAAUUGGUGCAUCCUGUUGAAUAA